AUGAUGCAGUCACCCUCGUCAUCAACCAUCCCCGGAAGUUUCAACAUAAACAACGAUGGUGGAGCUUAUGAUUUAGGGGAACUUGAUCAGGCUCUCUUUUUAUAUCUAGAUGGCCAAGAUGCGUCAACUCAAGAUCAUGACAAACAAAAUACAGGGAUAUUGAUGAGGCCACACACACUGAACAUUUUCCCUUCACAGCCCAUGCAUGUGGAACCAUUUUCACCAACAACAACAUCAAAGGCGAAUAGUACAGGAUUAGUUUCUCCAGCUACCAGCGGAUCCAAGAGAUCAUCUGAGCCGUCCAACCCUAGGAAAGAAGCUGCUACAAUACCCGAACCCGCCAAAGCAGUUAAGCGCGAAGGAAACCCGAGAGGGCCCACCUCAAGCUCGGAGCAUGAUGGACCAAAAACACCGGAUCCAAAGGCUUAUGUCCAGCAGCUAGAGUCAAGUAGGGUCAGGCUCACACAGUUGGAGCAAGAAAUACAAAGAGCAAGAUCCCAAGGAUUCUACUUAGGUGGCAAUGCCACUGUAGCAGGAGAUCAGGGCCCUUCUGUUUCCAUGUCCAACACAAGCUCAGAUGCGGCGGUGUUUGACAUGGAGUACGCUCGGUGGCUGGAGGAGCACCACCGCCUUAUGGUGGAGGUGCGGAACGCAGUGAACGACCACCUGCCGGAAAAUGAGCUCCGUGUUUUCGUGGACAACUGUUUGGCGCACUAUGAUCAGAUGAUAAGCCUCAAGAGCAUGAUCGCGAAAUCCGAUGUUUUCCACCUCGUGUCCGGAUCGUGGAAGACACCGGCCGAGCGCUGUUACAUGUGGAUGGGCGAUUUCCGGCCAUCGGAACUCAUCAAGAUUAUACUAAACCAAGUUGAGCCAUUAACUGAGCAACAAUUGAUGGCCAUAUGUGGGCUGCAACAGUCGACUCACGAGGCAGAAGAGGCUCUAACACAAGGGCUCGAUUCCCUCAACCAAUCGAUCUCCGAAACUAUAACUUCAGACUCACUAAGCAUUGCACCAAACAUGAACAACUACAUGUCUCAAAUGGCCAUCGCCAUCAAUAAGCUCUCGACCCUUGAAGGUUUCGUUCGACAGGCAGAUAAUCUGAGGCAUCAAACCCUGCACCGGCUACACCAAAUCUUGACCACCCGCCAGGCGGCGCGGUGUUUUCUGGCGGUGGCCGAGUAUUUCCACCGCCUCCGAGUCCUCAGCUCCCUCUGGCUCGCCCGGCCGCGUCAAGAAUAG